GUAAUAACAGGUGAUGGUUUAUGCUUUAAUAUCAUUUAGUUUUUUACCUUUUUGGGAUACUUAGAGACGACAUGGAAAAGGAUUACGAAAACGAUUGUGUGAUUGAACUAAACGUUGGUGGAACAUUAAUGAACACAUUGAGAAGUACAGUCACCAAGGAAGCAGACAGUCUGCUGGCCAACAUGAUAAAGGGAAAUGUCCCGCUUACAAAAGAUGGAACUGGAAGAUACUUUCUUGACCGUGACCCCGUUAUAUUUGGUCACGUGCUAGAAUUCCUGCGGUCUGGACUCCAUCCUCCGCAUAAUAAAGUAAUACAUGUGUAUGAAUAUGCGAAAUACUUUGGAAUUACGAAACUGGUGGAUUUGAUGGAACAGUUUCAGACAGUGCAAUAUAAAAAGCGAGCUGAUGAAGCAAAAAGUAAGCUGGAUCCAGUUAAGUAUGACAAAUUAAAACAAAAUAUUAUUUGUAAGCUCGCUGGCUUAAGUCGGUUUAGAGACAAAUGUGUCUGCAUACAAACAUGUGUCAACUCUGCAAAUACCAUUCCUGGUUGUACGUGUGAGAGUUGGAAAAUAAUCGGGGUACGAAAACAACAACUUGCAGGUACGAAGACUUAUACUCAUGCCUACACUUCAAAGCCUCCAAUACCUACAGAGCUACCAAUAACAGAUGAUAACCUACUGAUAGCCAUCAGAGAGGAUUUGUAUCAGCUUGGGUUUGGCAAACUUAGAUACUAUAGAGGGCAAGAAAAUUGCAAGUGCCAUUUUCAUAGUGAAUACCUCUAUAUUUUGCUUAGCAAGAGACAUGAAGACAAAUUGAUAGAUUUUCAAACUCAGUGGGAAAAUAUUUAAAAGACUGUACUCGGAUGUGAUGAUUUAUCUUUUUAUCGUAUGCCAGAUGAGGACAUUGUGCUUUUGACAAAAUAUAGCACUUGUAUAAUUAAAAGGGGAUAAAAAUGUACGAGCAGAUCGAAACCCAGUCUGGCUGCAGAUUGUUUUUACAUUGUUGUACUUUGAUAAGUACUUAAUACAGACAGACAACUAUUUCGAUUGAUAUAAAAGACAGUAUAACUGAAAAUAAGAAUUACAUCUAAGACCAUAUAUACAUGGUAGUACAGAGAAUUACACAAACUGAGAAUUAUUGUAACGGAUUAUUUAGCCAAAAGAAAGGUAUUUGACUCGAAAACAAUGUUCCAGCUGUAAGGUAUAUCAAACUUUAGUGCGUGUCUGAAAGUUUACAACAAACACCUAGAGGUAAUAAAAUAUCAAACAAGCAAAUUCGAUGAAUUGGUAUCCCCGCCGAAUGAGUUUGUGGUGAGGAAUGGCAAAGACAUAUAUUCGGCAAAAAGUUAAUGAUGUUACUAAUACUAAGAAUCAAAUAACUUCAUUAGUCGGGAUCAAUUUCACAGAAAAACAAAUGUUUUAAGUGUAUAUAAUAAACGUUUGUUUCGUUUUGGUCCUGAUUAAUGAAAUUAUUUUGAAUGGAAUAUGUUGACUAUAAUAAGCUUAGCUUUUAGAAAUAUAUGGAGAUAUUUGAAAUGUGAGCUUGAAGUGUAACUAGAACAAAAUAUUGUAUUCGAGUCGUUUGGCACCAAGUGUCGCUGUUUAACAUGUACAUAUGAACUUAAAAGAACAGAUGUACUUUAAAGAGAGCACAAUCAAGUAAGAAAUCUGGAACGUUGGUGGAUGUGGUUACAAAUUCACAUGCUGAUAAAUAUUCAUGGAAGGUUUAAAAAUUUUAAUUUUUGUGGUGGAGUGUACAUGUAUAUAGUAUUUCAUCUUUUACUUAGAUAUUUUAAGUUUUAGGGCAUAAAAUACUUUUAUGUCAGGACGUCUAUUUCCUUAGGCUGUGAUCAAUAUGAAAUGUUACAUUCAAUGUUUGUUCUGUUCACUCAUGACAUGUGUAUACACUUUGUUAUUUACAAUCUAAAGAUUUACAAUCUAAAGAACAUAUAUUGUCAUUUUAAUCGAUACUUGGUAUAAUAAAUGAUAUAAUAUAUUCUGCAAACAUGUAACCUUACAUGCUUUACAAUUUAUCAAUGUGAUUAAUCACUGUGAUUAGCCUGGUCUUAUCUUGUUAUUUUGUAUUUCUGUACAUAAUGUAACACGGAAUUAUUAACUAACAGUUUCGUUUUGAGAAGUUAAAUAAGACUGAUAUUUAAUUUAAGUACACUAUAAUAAAGGUUUGUUUACGUAUAUCUUGUUACAUAAAUGUCCUUGCCCAGGUCUCACGAUUAUUGUUUGAAUAAUGUACAUACGCAACUGCUUGCAAAAGGAUUAAAUUGGGAAAGGGGAUCAUGAUGUAACAUUUCAAAAUCAUGACACGAAUAUGAGUAAAAACUGAAGAACUUUUUAUCAUUUUAUUAGCUUUAUGUAUUUAAGUAUUCUUUUAUUACCUUGCAGUUGUGGUGUAGGUAUAUUUUGUAACUUAUACAGAAAUGUGAUGAUACUUCAAGCAAACGAAAAUCAAAGUAAGAUAUAUCAAUUAAAAUACCUGUACAAUUUUCAAAAUUGAAAUAGUUAUUUUACAGUAGAAAAGAUUGCAGAAAGUAUUUCCAAAAUGAAGGGUAUUUCUGACAUAUAUUUGGAUACGAUGAUGUUCAACUUCUUGUAAUUUUAAUUCGGCAUUAAUUAAUACACGUUCUCAUACACACUGGUUAUUCGGGUACCUACUCGUGUGAGCGAUACCGCCCUCGUGUGAUUAAUGUACAUGUUGGUGAACAGGAAAUUCACACCUGUAACACGUAAUUAUUCUGUAUUUUACUGAAGAUAUGAAAAGUUUUAGUAGUAAAUGUGUAAGAUCAUACAUUAACUAUAUCCAUGUCAAAGAUCUAUCUCAUAUAAUCUGAAUAACUGUGAAAAAAUACGUUUUUUGUCGCGAAAAUGAAGAUAUUUUAAGGCGAUGGUAUAUAUUUUCACGAUUAAUGGUAUUAUUUCUGAUUAUAUUAGGAAUUUUUUGUUAGGCAAAUGAAAAGCAGUCAUUCUGUCUCUUAGCCAUUGCUUUCAUUUCACAAAAACUUGAAGCACAGUAAAAUUAGAUAGAUUUUUUCGAAGACAGUGUGUAGAAAAUAAGAUACCUCUGACGAUGUACCAUGGUACCAUCCUCGUUGUUUCUGUCAAUCCAGCGGAUACCGUCCUCGUUAUUGAAAUGAACAUUACAUUGACACAGACCCCUUUUCUAAAAUUUAGCGAUAAUAUGCAAUGACCAGCUAGGAUAAAGAUAAAACUUUGGUCUUUUAUACUCUCCUAGGCUACUGGAAGCAGCCUAUCCGAAGAAAAACUUCUCACAGAAUUUCUUCAAGUUCGCUUUCAAGAUCCAUCUACAUAGACACAUUCUUAGGUGCAUUUUCAAUUGAAUAUUGCGACUUCCGUACGUUUUGUCUUGUUAUUUAAGUUGUUAUGGGGUACAAAAUGUUUGCAACAAAAACAAAAAUUAAAUUUGUUCAGAAAUUCUAUGAUUUUUGUCAAAGAUUUUAUUGCGGUCGACCCAUGUAUAGCUUCGUUUUGAGGAAUAAAGCCAGUAAUUCGGUCGAAAAUGUGCUUCGUUUGAGUAGUCGAAAGAAGUCAGAAGUAAACAGAUCCUUAUUUCCCCAUUUUUGUGCGAAAAUUCGUGUAGAACAAGUGCAUUAAUCACACAUUUUUACUGCGUGAAUACAUGAGACCUCUUCACAUACAAGUUUUGCAGAUCGAAACCGAAAGUAGGGGGUUUAUUGUGCGGACAGGAGCAUAUACGCGCCAUUUUAGGGUAGCAGACUACAACUGACCGGCAUUUUACUAGAAACUAUUCAGCUCCCUCUUUAUUUUUAUCGUUACUUUAACUUAUGAUAGAACUUUCAUGAAAAAUAGGUGUUGGAAAAAGUGAAGUUCUAUUAAGGUAGGUAAAGAGGGCAUGAAGUUUAGUAGGUCUGCAGGUUUGUCGAACAAUUCAAGCCUCGAGCAAUUUGCUUAUCAUCCACCUGUUGAAAGCAGAGCUAAAAUGGUGGGAAAUGAAAAGACAAAAAGAAAGCGACGAGAAAUUUUGCUUGUUUUUGGUAACCAUUUGUACAUUAUUUCAAAGUUAUUACUGCUCGCCUGAUACUUAAACUUUAACAAAAUAUCAUCUUACCUGUCUUAUAGUCUGAUGCUAAUUCUGUUUUGCAAAUAGUGAUUAUGAAUCUAAAGGCAGUAGGUUAAAGUAUAAAAUUCAAUCUGCUCUUAUAUUGUGCCAUUGUAGAUUACAAGAAAGCGUUUGAUUCUGUAGAUCGUAUGUGUCUUUGGAAUAAAUUGCUACAGCAUAGCAUUGAUGGAAAAAUCUUUAAGGCUGUUUAUUAUGCAAUAUAUGAUAAAGCCAAAUCUUGUAUAAAGAGUAGCCAAAGUCUAUCAAAUUUCUUUAUUAGCUCAACUGGUGUACGACAAGGUGAAAAUUUAUCACCAAUAUUAUUUUCUGUUUUCUAGAAUGAUUUAGUCUCAUAUAUGUCUAAUUAUUGUUCAGGACUAGUAGAAUUAUCAAACAAUGUAUAGGACCUGCUAAGUGAUGAUAUUUCAGAAAUGUUCUUCAAGCUAUUUUUGUUAUGCAAAUGAUAAGUGUUAUUUGCAGAAUCUUAAAAUGAUUUACAAUCUGCAUUAAAUGUAUGUCAGAAUAUUAUGAUAUUUGGAAACUUACAGUUAAUUCAAAUAAAACUAAGGUUGUUUUUUUCACGUGGAAAAGUACAAAAUAAGUCUACCUUUUAUUAUGAUAAUGCGGCACUUGAAGUAGUAGCUGACUUCACUUAUGUAGGAAUUAAAUUUAACUACAAUGGUAACUUCAAUAAAACUAAGCUAUAUUUGGUUGACCAAGCUAGAAAGGCUAUGUAUGCUCUGUUGAAAAAGUUGCAGCUUAGUAUUGAUUCACAGUUCCAGAUUUCUUACUUGAUUAUGCUCUCUUUAAAGUACAUCUGUUAUUCAUUUGAGUCUGUGGUUCAACCAAUAUUAUUGUAUGGAUCAGAGUAUGGGAGUGUGUUGAUGUUAGCAUUGUUAAAAGUUUUCAGCUUAAAUUUUUAAAAACAUUACUGAAGGUUAAAAAGUCAACACCUUAUGUCAUGGUUUUUUGGUGAGCUUGGGGUAUUACCAAUAGAUAUUAUAACUAGAAAUCGAAUAUUGAACUAUUGGAGUACAAUUUAUUAAAUGGUAAACAAGAAAAGAUAAACUGUAUACUUUACAGGUUCAUGUAUAGACUCCAUCGGCAAAAUGUAAAUUAUUGUUCUUGGAUUUCAUAUGUAAAAGAAUCUUUAGAACAACUUGGAUCUGCUGAAUUCUGGUUGAAUCAGUCAGUACUUUCACCAGUGUAUUUCCGCAAUAUUCUUAUUUUAGAAUGUCCCUACAUUGAUUUGGACAGAGUAAAAUAUAUACCAAAUGACUUUCAACUGUCAAAUGUAAUGUCAUUUCAACGUUUAUUUCAAAGUAAUGAUGGUACUCUUCUUUUUAAGUUAGCAUUGUUUGUACAGAAAAUACUUCAAAUUUUUAGGUAGGGAUAGGUCUUUGUCACUGGCAGUUAUUUGCUGGCCAGUUAAAACAAUGUUUUCAACCUGGUUAAUUCUAAAUGUACACCAUCUUCUAUGUUUUAGCUAACAAAAUAUUUGUAUCAGAUCUAUUAUGACCGUAAAACUACUGUUUUAUUUUAUGUAUUUAAUUUAGUGUUUUGUUAAAUUUGUUGUUAUUAUAAUGCUGAUGCCGUAUGGGCCUAGUUAUAAAUAAAAUCUUGAAAU